AUGGCGGCGCCCAUAGUUGUCAAUGCGGCAUAUAGUGUUGAUAAGAAAAUAAUCAAGAAAUUAAAUAGAUGUCGUCACACUCUUCGAAAACUGGAUAAUAUUGAUAUUUCAGAGGAGGCGACCAACAUCCUUUGUGUUUUUAAUGGAGGACUUGACACUGGAGUUUGCCGUGAAGAGCUUGAACAGAUUUUUAGCCAAGAUGCCAGUAUUGAGAACAUCAUCAUGUUACCCAAAAGACCAUAUUCUUUUGUCUACUACCUCCAGGUGGAAGAAGCAGUACAGGUCUGCAACAAGCUGAAUGGUGCUAGACUUAGCAAUGGAAGCCAUUUGUACAUUUCAUAUGUAAAACAAGUUCCAGUGUGUUCUUACCCAUCUGGAGAUUUCCCCCCUGGUCUCAUCUUGAAGAAAGACCUGAUCAGUGAGAAUUAUGAGAAGCAGCUGCUAGAACUUGCAAAUUGGGAUUACCAGGAUUUAAAAGCUGAAAAUACCUUGAAGCACAGAAGAGUAAAACAUUUUGGCUAUGAAUUUAAAUAUGGUAUAAACAAUGUUGAUCCUGAUAACCCUUUGCCUGAAAGAAUUCCAAAAGAAUGUGAUGCCAUAUUGCUGCAACUUCAACGACUUGGUCUCAUCAGUCAUUACCCCGACCAGCUGACAAUUAACCAGUAUUUACCUGGACAAGGAAUUCCACCACAUAUUGAUACACCAUCAGCUUUUGAGGAUGGAAUUGUUUCUGUUAGCCUGGGUUCACAGGUUGUUAUGGAUUUCCAACAUCCUGAUGGUAGACACAGAAGUGUGCCAUCUUUUUUUCUUCUCCUUUUUCUUUUUUCUUACUCACUUUUUCUCAUCCAUUUUCUUUCUUUCUCUUUCAUCCUUUCUAUUUUUCCACUCAUUUUUUCUUUUUUCCCCACUGAUUCUUUCUUUUCUCCCUUUCCUUUCACUCAUUCUUUCUUCUCUUUUUUGUUUUUUUUUCACUUAUUCUUUUACUCUUUCACUUUUCUCAUCCAUUCUUUCUUCUCUUUUUUAUUUUACCCUUCAAUCUUUUUUUUUUCUAGUUCUCUCUUUGUUCUCUUCUUUCUCCUUUUCCCCUUCACUUUCAUUAUAUUCUGCACUUACUAA